CGCAAAUAUUUAAUAGAGGUGUUACUGUCUUCGUAUUUCCGUAGUGCCACUAGUAAUUCAGUGAUUACUUCACAGAUUCAUCCGCUUAAUGCACUUGUUAUGUCCUAUGCUUCGGCAGUUGAUAUUUCUCAGGUUUCCGACCCGUCGUUUGACCAAAGCUGCCGUGUAAAUAUCUUCGCUCUGGACAUUGGAGGAUCACUUGCAAAAUUGGUGUAUAAACGCGUUUUUCGCUAUAGACGUUCUAUACCCCAACAACCCCGCAAAAGUGUCAGUGAGAAUGAAUUGCCUUUCGACUUUUACGAAUAUAAGGAACGUGAAGAUGAAGGACAAAAGUUGUGUUUUAUGAAAUUUGAGACUAGAAAUAUCGAAGACUGCCUUGAUUUUAUUAAUGUUAACAUUAUGCAGCAAAGUGCACUACCCAAGGGGACAACUAACAAAAUUAAGGUAACUGGAGGGGGCGCUUUUCGUUACCGUGAUCUAAUUUGCUCCAAACUGGGGAUUGAACUGGAUAAAGAAGACGAAAUGGAAUGUCUUAUAAGGGGAUGCGUGUUUUUACUUAGAAAUAUUCCGGACGAAUUAUUUUACUAUGACAAACAUGCUACUCCAGCACAUGUCUUCGUUUCGAAUGGUUUAGUGAGUACAUUUCCUUUUCUUUUGGUCAAUGUCGGAUCUGGUGUUAGCAUCUUAAAAGUUGAAAGUCCCACUUCUUAUCAAAGAGUCGGUGGGACUUCUAUUGGUGGUGGAACAUUUUGGGGUCUAGGAACACUAUUAUCAGGAGGUAAGGUUUUUGAGCCAACUAUUAUUAUUUUGUUAAGCAUAACUCAUCAUUAUCCUAAAAGCCAGUAGUUCUUUGACUACCGAACGAUAAUCUUUUCUGGAUUGGUUUUCAUAUCUAUCAAGUGUUCAGUAGAAUAGAUUAAAGUUUAGUCCUGUUCCGCUGUAAUAUUUACUGUACUGGCCAAAAUUUUCUCCUCAGUAGGAGAUUCAAACUAGGCAUUUAAUGAUUCCACUGAGUUUCAUCUUCUGAUUUUAUAAAUGUUUACAGCCUAUAUUUACAGUCCAAUCAUCUGGAUUUAUUCAACCAUUUUUUACAUAAGUAGUUUUGUUUUGGAUACUUUAAUUAGAUUUUACUAAGUGAGAUCCACGCAGUAAUUUUAUUUUGUUCUGGAGAAGCAGAUAUAAAGUUUUGACUUUGAACUAAGAAACAAUAUUAACCGUUUGAUCAACCAAAUUAUGACAGUUUAGAAAUAGAAAGGAACCAUGCAUCCAUUUUUUUUACUUCUUCUCUUAGAGUUCCUCAGUCAGUAGAUGACGUAUUCAAACAACACGUUAUUAGAGAAACUUAAAUCAUUUAGUGGCUUGGUUCUAGAUUAUCAAGGAAUGGGAGAGUUACACUUAUCGUCUAUCAAAUUUAUUAUAUGAUUAACAAGUGAAACUCUCCAUUUAAUAGGAAAGUUUUAUGCAUAUUGCGACUUUUAAGUUAACUUGAUGUAGCUGAAGUGCUUUCCUUGUUUUUGUCUUAUUUAAGUAAUGAUGCCUAAAAUGUUUGAAGUAUGUGAUUAAAGUUUAGUCAAAAAGGUAUAUGAAGCCGUUUUUGGUUAUAUACGCUUUCUCUUAGAAGAUUCCGAGGCACAACCGCAAGAACCACCACUGGAUUAAAUAGUAUUGGUUGUAUUUGAAGUAUAUCCACAGCAAUAUUAUGAGGUUUCAGUUUUUGCCAUUUUGAAAUUAGUGAAAAUCUUGAAUUGCUAUGUACUUCAAAUCAAAAUUUUGUCCAAGUAUUUAACCGUUUCCUUUGUAUGACUUCACAAUAAAAACAUCAUUAUUCCAUUAAUGACAUUUUUAGUAGUAAUGUGGCAUUGUUUUAACUCUGUAGGAAAGUUUACUUUCGACGAACUUCUGGAAAUGGCGGAUUCUGGUGAUCACCGUCAGGUUGAUAUGUUAGUACGUGAUAUAUACGGAGGUGCAUAUGAGACUCUUGGACUCUCUGGAGAUGUGAUAGCAAGUUCAUUCGGUUUAGCAGCUCGUCAUCCUAAUCAACCCCGUGAAGUGGCUGACAUGGUGAAAUCUUUACUUAUUACAGUUAGCAAUAAUAUAGGUCAACUGGCUUGUCUAUACGCCAAACAGUAUAACCUUAAACGAAUUAUUUUCGGUGGGUAUUUCAUACGCGGACACGGACUUACAAUGGAGGUCAUCACCUAUGCUGUUCGGUUUUGGUCAGGAGGAGAGUAUAAGGCUUUGUUUCUACGUCAUGAAGGGUAUUUAGGAGCAAUUGGUGCAUAUUUGAAAAGUUUUGAGGAUAAUAAUCCAUCUGAACGGAAAACAUUGUGGUCAGAGAAUUAUGUGGUAAGCUCUAGUAAUUCAUCCCUCUCUGAUAUUUCAUCCUGCACAAAAGCAAAUGAAAUCGAUCAGAGUAAAGAAACGGUUGUUGUAAAGAGCUCUUCAUGUGCUGUAGACAAUGCAGGUGUAGAAAAUGAAGUUGAAAAGUUUCCAGAAACUAUGUCUUUUGAUGUUCUCGACAAAGUGGACAAUGGUACAACAUCUAUGAAAGAUGCAGCUAAACAUUCACCACUGAAACAUGAGAAAAUAAAACUACACAACUUUGAACUAGAUCGCGUAUUCACACACUCUUUGGAGAUGUUUCACUUACUUGAAUCACCUGUUAAUUAUACACCUGAUACUUGGGACCUAACGCAUGACAAAGAAGCCAGGAUAUAUUGGUUAAACUGCUUUGAGAAUUGUAUAGAAUAUCAUAGAGCCAAAUCUGAAGAAAGUCAGUCUGAUAUAUUAUCAGAUGCUGGAGAUCGAUCAUUUCAAUUCGCGGAACGAUAUAAACGAUUCUUACGUGAACUGAGAGCUAAUCCAAGUGGUCGUGGUUUAUUGACUGUACGUUGCCUUUUAUCUGCUCAGCAACACUUUUUACGAGAAUAUGGAUUUGGAGAUGUGUUUUGCUUGCAAAAAAGAUGUGAAAACAGAGCAGCUCUUUCUGCCUUCACGGACCGACUAAAUAAACUGGCCAAAUUGGAUUGGCUUGAUCGUCAGUUGUCUUUAGUCCAAGGUUUAUUAGCCGGUAAUAUGUUUGACUGGGGUGCAGUUGAAGUUGUCCAGUUUCUUAAAGAUGCACCACAGAAUAAAUUCGGUGCUGUUGACUUUCAAAUCACUCUGGAUAAAGUUCAGCGCCGACCUUGGUUAGUCGACGAUUAUGAUAAAUGGAUUAGUCGAAUCAGUGUACCUGGAUCACCGUAUCGUUGUAUAUUAAUAUUCUGUGAUAACAGUGGUGCAGAUAUUAUACUUGGUGUACUACCGUUCUCUAUGGAGUUUCUUAGUCGUGGAUGUAAAGUGAUAUUGGCGGCUAAUUCAAGUCCUGCUAUUAAUGAUAUAACUUAUCAAGAAUUAGAAUUACUUCUACACAUGAUAGCAGGUUUCGACACGUUGAUUGCUGAUUCUCUUGCUAAUGGUAAACUUAUGUUAGCUGAAAAUGGUCAGACUUCGCCUUGUCUUGAUUUCCGUCUCAUUGCCAGCUCACUAGUUCAGUUGACAGAACGGGAACAGGUUGACCUAAUUGUGAUCGAAGGUAUGGGACGAGCAAUUCAUUGUAAUCUGAAUGCGAAAUUCCUUGUGGAUACGCUGAAGAUAGCAGUGAUUAAAAAUUCAUGGCUAGCCAAAAGACUCGGUGGCGAGUUGUACAGUGUUGUAUUCAAAUUUGAAACAGCUUCACAUAAAUAGUCAUAGAGAAGAGUAAUGAUGGAGAUUAUGUAAUCGUUGGUGAUUGGUCAAGGUGUAUCUUCCUAAAUACUAUCCUCAUUUCUCAUAUCCCUCCUCUUCUUUUGUUACUUAUCAUUGUUCACUACUUAUUGUGAGUGUUACACUUCGAGCGCAUUCCUAUACACAAGGGGUGAUUACGGUGAUGUUUGUACUACACGUGUCAAGUAUUAUCAUAAAAUAGUUAUGACUUUUUUUCUAAUGAAAUGUAUCAUUUAUAUUUAUGAUAAUUAUGUGAUACCCUCAACACACUUCAGGUUAAUCAACUGUCUUUUUUCUAAAACUUUUUAACCUUUUAUUAUGAUGAAUUAUGUUAUUCUUUGCUCCACAAAUGUUCUAGUCCUCCUUGUUGUUAUUGUUAGCGUCGUCAUUAUCUUAAACAUUAUUGACUUCAAUCUUAUCACACACACACCUACGUGGAAACACAUAGCUUUCAUUCAAUGGGCCUCGGGUUCGAAUCUCACUUCAGUGAAUUCGGCCGUGGUAAUGUACACAAACACACACACAAUGUCUGGCUCAUAGCCUGGCACACAGAACAUCUGUUCCGGUUAGGUAAGUGAGCUCUAUUACACAUUCAGUGUGUGAAAUAGUUUUUUAAAUGGUAUUCUGAAAAUGCAUAUAGCCGUACAACACUAUUGUUAUUCUGAUUAUUAAUACUGUCGUUUUAUUUUGCAUUAGUAUUUGUUGCCUAAGUCAAUAUUUUCACUUUAUAAUGCCUUUUUUCUACUUAUAUCUCUUUUUCUCUUUCAACCUCUACUUUUUGUUUCUGUCGGAUAUAAAUUUAUGCUGCUGACCUAGUCUUUUUAUUAAUGAUAUUACGCAUAUAUAUAUAAAUAAGAUUUUUCUCAUUUGAGAGAAGUGAUUUGGUUGUGUUCCCCUUUACCUUUUAAACUCCUUACUUAGAAUAAUUAUUUUUGACCAGUGUUUUUUUUUAGGAAAAAUGAAAGCAGAUCUAUGCUUUUGUAUGAUAAUUUAAAAAAUAUAUAUAUAAUAUCC